ACAAACUUCCUUCUUCAGCAGAUCUCUAUUAAAUAUGGCUGCGCUUCGGGGUGCUCAUGCGUUGCGUAAUAUUAAUAGAUGUAUGCCAAAAAAACAAAUUAACAAAAUAGCUGCAUUUACAAACCAAACAAGAACAUUUCAUUUAUUAAAUAUUAAUGUUUUAAAGCUUCAAUGUCUCCCAAAACCAUCACCAUUUGCUGCAAGUUUGAGGUAUUAUGGAGAUGAUCAUCAUGAUCACGACGGACAUGGUCAUGGUUCUUCAGAAUCGAUCGAGGAACAAACAUUAAACGUACUAAAGUUAUUUGAUAAAGUUGAUCCGUCGAAGGUUACUUUAGAAGCCCAUUUUAUAAAUGAUCUCGGUUUGGACAGUUUAGAUGUUGUAGAAGUUGUUAUGGCAUUUGAAGACGAAUUUGGUAUUGAAAUCUCUGACGAUGAAGCAGAAAAAAUAUUUACUGUUCAACAAGCUGCUGAUUUGAUAAAACAUAAAUUAGAUCAUUAGAUUUUGUUAUCGAAAUCAAUGAAUCAUCCGUUGUUUCUUCGAAUGUAUCCGGAGCAUUUGAUCUAAAAAUACCUAGCUCUUUUUUUAAUUUAAUUUUUAGAUUAAAACUUAUCAUUUGAAGAAUUGUAGUUAUAUCUGAUUAAUUAUAUGCAACUAUACAA